AGGCGCAGCCGCGCGGCUCCGUCUGGUGGAGGCGCUGCGGGCUGUCGGAAAUCGGCUGCUUCGGCCUGUCUCCGCCUAGCAGCGCGCGCUUUGAGUGCCGGGCCUGGGCCGCGGCUCCCGCGCGCGGGUAGGAGCGGCGCUUGGCGGACAGUCGCCGGCGGUUUGCGAUUCCACCCGGGACUCGCAGGAGCACGGCCACCCCUUUUCCUGCCCACGCUAGGGACUCCUUCCUCUACCGGACCGGCUUCCCGUGAGGGGCUCUGUCCUCGUUCUUGCCCCAGCGUACUGUCUUCAGGGCGCGGCUGCUCUGUGCCCAUGAAGACCUCGCUGGUGACCCUCCAGCCCCGCCACCAUGAACGGAGCCCUGAUCCCCCAUACACCCAUCGCGGUGGACUUUUGGAGCCUGCGCCGGGCGGGUGCUGCACGGCUCUUCUUUCUGUCCCACAUGCACUCGGACCACACCGUGGGUUUGUCUAGCACCUGGGCCCGGCCCCUCUACUGCUCUCCAAUCACUGCUUACCUCGUGCAUCGUCACUUACAGGUAUCUAAGAAGUGGAUCCGAGCCCUGGAGGUUGGUGAGAGCCAUGUCCUGCCUCUAGAUGAAAUUGGGCGGGAGACCAUGACGGUAACCCUCCUGGAUGCCAAUCACUGCCCUGGCUCUGUCAUGUUUCUCUUCGAAGGAUACUUUGGAACCAUCCUUUACACAGGUGACUUUCGGUAUACACCAUCCAUGCUAAAGGAGCCAGCCCUGAAACUAGGGAAACAGAUCCAUACCUUAUACCUAGACAACACCAAUUGCAACCCAGCCCGGGUGCUUCCUUCCCGACAAGAAGCUGCCCGCCAGAUUAUUGAACUCAUUCGAAAGCACCCACAGCAUCACGUAAAGAUUGGACUCUAUAGCCUGGGAAAAGAGUCACUGCUGGAGCAGCUGGCCCUGGAGUUUCAGACCUGGGUGGUACUGAGUCCUCGGCGCCUGGAGUUGGUGCAGCUGCUGGGCCUGGCAGACGUGUUCACGGUGGAGGAGAGGGCAGGCCGCAUCCACGCUGUGGACCACAUGGAGAUCUGCCAUUCCGCCAUGCUGCACUGGAACCAGACCCACCCUACCAUCGCUAUCCUCCCCACGAGCCGGAAGAUCCUCCGCUCCCACCCCGACAUCCACAUUAUCCCUUACUCGGACCACUCCUCCUACGCGGAGCUCCGGGCCUUCGUUGCAGCACUGAAGCCUUGCCAGGUGGUGCCCAUCGUCAGGCAGCAGCCCUGUAGGGACUACUUUCAGGACAGCCUGAGCCCCAGGCUCUCAGAGCCCCCGAUCCCAGACUCCGUGCAGCAGUAUAUGGAGUCACCCGCAAGAAAACCAAGCUUGCUCUGGCUCUUGUUAGAAAGGAGACUAAAGAGGCCGCGAGCCCGGGGUGUCGUGUUUGACUCCUUUCAGGACACUGUGGGUCGAUCUCAAGCUGACAUGGACUCAAAGAAGGCCAAGAAUGAGCACCUUUCCGGGCGCCUUGAGGAGCAGGCUUCCCAGCAUCCUUUGCCGAUCAAGAAACCAUUGUUCCCAGACCCCUGCAGCAAAGAGUGGGAGGGGGCAGUCCCUCUCUCGGAGUCCCAGAAGAUGGUGACUGUCCUGACUGCCCCGUUGAGUGUUUCGGGGCACUUACGGUCCACAGAUGAGGAAUUUGUGUCUCUAGAAACUGGGGAGGAAAUUGGCGUGGGGCCACCCUCGGUCCCCAGGGGAGGCCAUGGUGGGUCAGCAGCCACGGGCAACCCGAGUGCUCCGACAGGCCGGGAUCUCCCCCUGACUCACACCGGCGAGGCUGCCCCCCUGCGGGCUCUGCAGUUCAGGGGCUUGGCCCUGAAAUACCUUCUGACUCCAGUGGCCUCGUUCCAGGCCCAGUUCUCUGCGAGGGGCUUUGACCAGCAAGUGGAGAAAUACCACAAAGUCUUGCUGAAGUACAGAGAGGAGGGUGCAGAAUGACGCCUCUGUUGGGCCCAACACCGCAGCUGUAAAGAUGGCGACCGAUGGCUGCCGGGCAGAGGUUGUUUGGGACCUUUUCUAUUGCCACGGGAUCCCCACGGGCUCACCCUGGAGCGAGAGUUUUCAAAGUGUGUUCAUUGGAACCCUAGUGCCCAUGGAGUCCUUAGUUUUACGGCUGGCCGUGUGUAAGAACCCUUCAGGGCUCUGUCGGUCAAACAUCUGAUUCUGUUUCAGCCCAGGGCACAGCCUCACAGCUUCAUGGGUUCCAGCCCCACACGGGGCUCUGUGCUAAUGGCACAGAGCCUGCUUGAGAUUCUCUCUCCCUUCUCUCUGUCCCUCCUCUGUUCACAUUCUCUGUCUCUGAAAAUAAAUAAACUUAAAAAGAAAACCACUCUUCAUUAUACCCCCUGCAUGGCAUACAUGAGCUCCUUAAAGGUGCUGAGAAGUCUUCCAGUAACUUAUCUGGUGGAGUCCGUAUUUCUGCAACAUCUGGAACACGCAACCCUCUUACGUGAGUGCAGAGAGAGAGAGAUGCAGUCUGAAUCGGAAAGGACCAGGUCACUCCCAGUGUUACCGUAUGUGCUGUGUGCCAUUCCCGUGUCCCCUUAUCCCUCUUCCCAGAUAAAAGUCCCAGAUAAAAAUUCCAUUUUUUUAAGUUAGGAACCAUUGGAGGAUAAAGGAGUGAUCCAGGCAGCAUGUUAACAAUCUUGAAUGGCAUUAACUUGCUGUGACCCUGUCCAAGUGACUUCCUGUCUUUGCCUCUGGGAAGGAACAGGAAGCCAUGAAGAACACUGGAACGCUAGAGAAGAACUCCCCCUGCCUCUACUAGAGUUAGUGUCACUGGAGACUUCUCUGGAGCAGAGCCAGCCAGCGGGUUGGGCCCCCCCUCCAAGGCCAUACCUGGAACCCAGCUGAACGGUAGACAUUGGGACGAUUGGCCUCCCGGCCGCCUGGAGGCCCCAACUAUUCGGCCAAAAUAAAGUUACAAAGGAUCAAAUGUGCUGCCAGAUAGUCCUGAUUGUUCACAUAGCUGGGAUAUUUGCUGCUCUCCCCGCCCCCCACCCCCUUGGGUUGAGCAGGGAGCCAGAGCACACAGCCUGUUUGUUCUCAUAUCCAGGGCAGGGAGGGGGAGCCAGCUGGAGGAAGGGGUGGGGGCGCGUGGCUCUGCCCUGUCCUGCUCUGCGCACAUGCCAACCCCAGCAGCAGGACGGCAGGGACCCUAGGCUCUGAGGCUGGGCACAGGCGUGUAAACCACUACUACAGAACGGAGCCUUGCGAUAAAGGUGGUUUCUUGCCCAGGAAAAACAAGGUUUUCCACUUUUGGAAGAAGGUAGGAAGUGCUUAUAAAGUAAAAUAAAGCCUUGCUCUCGGGCAAGCUGUGCACAGCCCCGUCCUGUCACUGCACGCCCCCCUGCGCCUCCCCUGCACCCGCUAGGAGCUAUGGCCGCUGACGCUUGUGGGGCAGCAGGAAACAUGGCAUUGUCCUUGGCCGGAGUCCAGGGUCCCCCUGGGCAAAGAGAAACCGUGCCUAACUAAUGGAGCCUCAGUUCCUCAUCUGUAGAGCAAGGACUGAGACGCCUCCCUCUCCUGCUGGCUCUGGAGGUGAGAUAAUUGGCAAAAUUCUUUUUUUUUUUUUAAUGUUUAUUCAUUUUUGAGAGAAGAGACAGAGAGAGCCUGAGUGGGGGAGGGGCUGAGAGCGGAAGAUGCAGUGUGAAGCAGGUUCCCGGCUCUGAGCUGUCAGCACAGAGCCCAACGUGGCGCUUGCACCCACAAAUAUAAUUGGUAAAAUUCUUAGCUCCAUGUCUACCACGUGAUGGGUAUUUCAAAUACUCGUUCUCCUAGCCUCUGGUCCUCUAAAGAAAUUACUCUGUAGGAAAUAAGAAAUUUGGGAAGUCACUUGAAAACAAAAAGUCAAUUGUAAUUCCUCCGUGUACAUCAAUUGUUCU